UUGUGUGACUCAGUGUAUGACAGGUUGGUCAAGUCAACUACUUAAACAAGUUUACACCUUAAAGUUAUAGUGUUAAGAUUGAAAAUUACUUAAAUUGUUGAUAAUGAACUGGUAUCAAAUAAAAACAAUGCUCAGUAUUGUGAUAGCCAGUGAUCAGGGAACGCGCAACGCGGCAUCAUGAAGUUCUUUGUAUUCAUCUUUGUGGUGCUAACAGUACUAGCGGUUUGUGGGCUAGCUUCGCCCUUACCAGCGAAAUUUGAGUUAGACACAGAGUUACAACGGCCUCCCCGCACACCGCAGUUCGUCAAGGGGCAGAAAGGCAGCAGAGUUCCUGACCCUAUGAAUCUCCGUAAAGGCGAGUAUAUUUGCGGCAACAAGAUAUGCAGUCUGCAGCCAGGAGAGAUACCCCCCAACUGUGGAGGCGUAUGCCAAUAUAAAAUAUUUAAAUAAACCUAGCUUUUA